CUGCCCUGCUGGGCUGAAACCCCAGACCCACUGUCUCCCCUCCUUCCUGGGUCCCUCCACUCGGGGUGUUUUUGUCUGUCCUCCCGCCUGAGAAGGCGCUUGUGCUACUGCAGGUGAAGUCACCUGGCCCUGUUGGGGAGUGAGAGAAGGGGUGGGAGGGCUCCUAGAGCUGGUUUCUGGCUAAGUAACCCCCAGGAGGCCCCCAGAUAACGGUUCUUAGUGCUAGCUGAGGACCAACUUGGGUCAAGGAACCCUCAGGAAGCCAGAGGCCCAAGCAUGUGGCUCACGUGGGUCAAAUACUGAAUCCUCCACGUGACCCCACUGAUGGGUGCCCCAUAAUUAAGGAGACCCCAGCUGCCUCUCGAAGCCCUGCCUCUGCCAUCGUGGCUGUCUCUGCAGCUGCUGUAAACAUACCAGCCUCUCCUGUCAAGCCUGAAAUUGAAUCACAAGAACUUCCAGAGCCAUCAGGAGAUGCAUGACGGAUAACUCAUUCCGGGGGGCUGCUCUCCACUGCUCCGGUUUCACUCGUCCUGACACCCGCUUGCCAGGCUCUGCUUACUCGCAGGAGCCCACAGCCACUGCCAGCUCCUGCCAUUGCUAGGUUUCCAAGUUAAUCAGAGGUGCCAGAGUCAGCAAGAGCAAGAAGCCUGCCCUCUGUAUCCCAUGGAUCCGCAGUUAGGUGAUUGAAAUUGAGAAGGAAAAGAAGACUGUUGUUCUAGCCCAAAUAGCAAAUAGCAAUCAUGAUGAGACAUCAUCAGGCAUCACAGUGGCUAGUACUUCUAAUGGGGAAUAUGGAUGGAAACAGCACAGUGACAAGUUGUUAAUACAUCGAGGGAGCCGGGCACUAAUCAUCCCAAUAGCAAACAGUUAAUAAUUCUAGUUGCUCCUGGAAGCCAUGACCACCCGCACCUGCCUUAAUCACAUGCUAAUAAUCACAGGUUCAUAUAGCAAAUACAUCUAGCUGCUCAGAUCCAUCAUGUGGCCAGAGGCUGCACAUGGGGCUGGCUCUCUCCUUACUCCAGAUGGUCCGUCCCUGGCCCUCUGGUGCCAGCUGCUGAGUUGGCCUGGAGACCACUACGUGCUUCUCUCAACCAGGGCCUGCAACUGUUUAUUCCACCCAAGUUGGCCAGCUGGGGUGCCAGGCUGUGGAAUGUUGGCCCAGGACUCUGGUCCUGCUGAUUCUCCAGUGUUUCCUGGGAGGCCCAGUGUGAGACUCCGGUGUUCCAAUUUUGCAGGCUGUGACUUGGUCCACACCGGUGGAAUCAAGGCCUGAAAGUAAAAGGAAGGACCAAGCCAGGCCCCCAUGAGAAACCAGGACUCAGAGCAGGGCCAGGGCCAGAAAGCAGAGGAUAGGAUCAGUAGCCAGCAAGGGGAGUAGCAGGGUAGAGGGGGCGAGGGGCAAGGUGGCCUGUCCCUAAGGCUGUUUGAGAGCAGGCUGCUGUGAGGAGGUGAGCCUCUCUCCUCUUCAUGUCCCCUGCUACUUCUUCUGUGCCCCCUUCUCAUCUUCAGGAUGGCAUAGCCCUUGUCUUACACUUGCCCCUGAAUUGCCUGUGCUUCGUUCAAGGGAGGAUAAACUAAAUACACUCACUUUCUACAAGCCAGGAGCUUGUAGAAAGCACUGCAGACCCAGGGAGGGGGUUUCCUCAGGGAUUUAUAGCUCCAGCAGCCCAUCCUGCACAUCAGCCAACUCCUGGGGCUGGCAUCCAACGCCCCAGCAUGACAUUCCAGCAGCUUCUGGCCUGGCCCGGUUGCCCCGGACCCACCCUUUGUCCCUGUGUGGGGUGGAACAAAGGGGGUUAAACAGCAGGCAGGAAAGCCCAGCUUCUAGAAGGCAGCAGCAGGGUCCUCAGCCAUCCCACCCCAUCCAGAAACCACAGGUCCAACUCCUGACUGCGUCAGACAGGGAAGGGCAGUGCCAGAAGGGAGGUGGCCCCAGGCAGAAACACCAGCUCUGCUGCUGACAGCCUGGAACCUUGGGAAGAUGAGCGAAGCCUCCUCCAGGCCUUGGUGUUCUCAUCUGUAAAAUGGAGACAGUAGUAGUUCCUACCUCUGGCCAUUGCUGUGGAGUUGAAAAGGAAAGCAUGUAGACCCAGGAUACUUGACAGUGGCAUAGGUGCCCGCUGUUGUCACCAUCAUCGUCAUUGUUAUGAUGAUGUCAUUUGAAGGUGAGAGAAUCCAGAGGCAUGUGAGGAAAAUGGAUUUGCACCCCAGUACUAACAUUUCAAGGCAUGAAGCUCCAAAAUUUGGUACCUAAUGCUAUGAAAAGGCCUAGAAAGAAAGGUUCCAUUUAUUUAUUCAAGAAACACUGAGAAGGUGCCUGUGCUGGAUUCUGGGCCAAGGAAAACUAAGAAGAAUUAGUCAUGAUCCUUGCCCAUGAGGGAUUUCACAGCCAGCAAGGGGGAAAGAAAGAGAGAGACGUUAAACAAAAAUAUGGGCCAGGUACAGUGGUUCACACCUGUAAUCCCAGCACUUCGAGAGGCCAAGGCGGGUAGAUCACCUGAGGUCAGGAGUUCAAGAACAGCCUGGCCAACGUGACGAAACUAGUGCACGCUUUUCUGUUGCCGCCGGCAGACCGGAAUUCCUGGUGUCGCCACAGCUGACAUCGUAUGCCCAGCUCUGCUGCCGCCAUGGGGAUCUUAGAGAAGAUCUUGGAGAUCAAGAAGGAGAUUGCUCGGACACGGAAGAACAAAGCCACUGAGUAUCAUCUGGGCCUGCUGAAUGCUAAACUCGCCAAGUAUCGGGCCCAGCUCCUGGAACCAUCCAAAUCCACCUCAUCCAAAGGAGAGGGCUUUGAUGUCAUGAAUUUUGGCGAUGCCCACAUGGAGCUAAUUGGAUUUCCCUCUGUGGGUAAGUCCACAUUCUUGAGUCUGAUGACCUCCACGGCCAUCGAGGCGGCGUCCUAUGAGUUCACCACUCUGACAUGUGUUCCUGGGGUCGUUGAAUACAAAGGUAGCAACAUCCAGCUCCUGGACCUUCCCGGAAUCAUUGAAGGCACAGCACAAGGAAAAGGCCAUGGCCAGCAGGUGAUUGCUGUGGCAUGCACGGCCGAUGUCGUCAUCAUGUUGCUGGAUGCCACCAAGGGAGAGGUGCAGAGGUCUCUGCUGGAGAAGGAGCUGGAGUCCAUGGGCAUCCACCUCAGCGAGCACAAGCCUAACAUCUACUUCAAGCCCAAGAGAGGCGGCGGCAACUCCUUUAACUCGACAGUCACACUGACCCAAUGCUCGGAAAAGCUGGUGCAGCUCAUCCUGCACGAAUACAAGAUCUUCAAUGCAGACGUGCUCUUCCAAGAAGACUGUUCCCCAGAUGAGUUCAUCGAUGUGAUCAUGGGCAACUGGGUGUACAUGCCUUGCCUGUAUGUUUAUAACAAAAUCGACCAGAUCUCCAUGGAAGAGGUGGACCGCCUGGCCCAAAAACCCAACAGUGUGGUCACCAGCUAUGGCAUGAAGCUGAACUUGGUCUACCUGCUGGAGAUGCUUUGGGAGUACUUGGCCCUGACCUGCAUCUACACCAAGAAGAUAGGAGAGAGGCCAGACUUCCCAGACACUAUCAUUCUCCAGAAAGGGGCCUCAGUGGAGCACGUGUGCCACCGCAUCCACCGGUCACUUGCCAGCCAGUUCCAGUAUGCCCUGGUGUGGGGCACCAGCACAAAGUACAGUCCGCAGUGGGUGGGCCUGACCCACACCAUGGAGCCUGAGGACGUCAUCCAGAUCGUGAAGAAGUAAUGGCCUCCUACCCACCUGCCUCAUCACCCUGGGGCAUCAGUCCUACUGGGUCACACAAACGCCCAAACAGAAAAAUACAAAUACACAUACCCCAGGAAGGGGUCCCUCAAGUCUCUGCUAUUUCCAGAAGUUUCUUCAGUAGGCAGAUGAAUAGUGCGUUGGGGCAGAGGGGUUCGGCUGGAGGCAUUUCCCAUAAGACUGAGGCCUCUCGUGGGGGUUUUGAGUUUGGAGUGCUGGGCCUGCAUCUGUGCCCCCAGCCCCUGGAGGCUGUGGCUGCUGUUACAGCACCUCCCUCCCUCAGCUCCUGCCGGCUUCCCUGACACUCAGGGUGGGGGCCCUUCCAGGAAGAAACCCCCUUGGGUCCCCCACACAGGGCUCUCCAGGAUUGGAAGCAGAGGUUAGUGGCUUCAGAGGCCCAGCUGACACCCUCCACAGCCUAAAGGGUGUCCUAAAGUGCCUCUCCUUCUCUGCCCCCUCCCAGGGCAGCCCCUGCCCAACACAAAACCCCCAGACCCUGGCUCUGCACGCCUGGGCCGGGGACUUUUCAGUUUAGAAUCUGUUUCUAAGUUCCCAGUUCUCCUGGCUCUCCUUUCUGAAAUAGAGGAUUGAAAAUGGU